AGACGGGCCGCUUAGCUCCAUGGGCUUUAACCUGAAAUCAACUCAAUGGCUGAGAUGUGUUUUGUCCAUAUGCUGUGCACGUACAAAAGUUAUCGGACGGCCCACGAACUUAUAAUAAUCUCCAACAAGCUGACUGGAUUCUUAACGACGCUGGAGAGGCCUGUAACCUCAUGCCACUCCCACCACCGCCUCCCACCACCACCUCCAAAAGGAAAAUCAACCUCCGCCCUUCAUUCUUGCCAGCUCCCACCCUCCAUCCUAGCCUCCUCCCCCCGCACCUUAAAAAUGUGUUUCACUUCGCAGACGAACAAGCUUUCCAUCUGCGCUCAGCGGGAGAGAGAGAGAGAGAGAGGCGGGCAGAAAGCUACAGGCGGAGAUAAAGCAAACGGAAUAAGCGAGGCGAGGGGAUAGGGGGAAGACGAGACGUGUCCCAAAUUUGUCGCUGUGAGGAAUGGAAGAAAGGAGAUAUCGCGUGAAGAGAGGCGCAAUGGAGUGAGAGAGAGAGAGAGAGAGGGGGGGGUGGGAAGAGAGAGCGAGAGAAAGGAAAAAAAAACUACGUCGUACAAAGAGUGGCAUCACAAUGCAUGGAAGGAAAACACCGGGAAGGAGAAUAUACGAAUGAAUCGAGAAGACGCGAGGGGGCUUUAAACAUUUGUAAAGAACAGAGUGAGAGCAAGAGAGCGAUUAAUGGGAACGAAUACCAUGGAUGGAUAACGAUUGCGAAGCCGCAGUGCGAUCAAUUGCAGUCUCUUCGUCAGCUCGGACGGUCGGUUCAAGAUUGACGACGCGACUUUGAUCGUUUUCUACGUUUAUAUUACGAGCGUUAUUAUUAUUUUCUUCUUCCGAUUAUCAUUCCGUAAACAAGGUCUUCGAUCUACCGCCUACUUGAGUAAACUGAAGCGCAGCUUGGAGGAAUUCUUCCACACACCCCCCGCCCGCCCCCCGCGCCCCCAAAUGGGACUUCAUUGGACUGACCCACGCUUCUGACACCACGUCCGACUUUGGCCACGUCGGGAAACUCCGGCGGCCAAACCAAUGACCUUCACGACAGCUCCUUCUGUAUGGUCAUGCAGGAGCUGCACAUCUCCCAGGGUCAAGUGAGCUGCGCGGAGUCGCCCCCGGGAAUCAGCCUGCAGUCGUCCAGCCCAGGAACGCCCACGCAGUGCCCCACCGCUGCCUGUGAAGUUUACGACUGCGCCCCAUCGCACAACCAUUACACUCCCGCGCUCUACCCACCCAACUUGUCGGCGGCCCCCGCCGCCCCCACGGGCCACGCGAUGGCCACCUACCCGAGCCAAGGCCACCACGCCUCCACGGGGGCUCCCUGCGCCUACCCCUCCUACCUGCAGCACCCCUCCUACGAGCUGCACACCUACGGAGGCGUGCUGCGCUCAGGCAUCAAGGCGGAGGGAGACCUGGGAGCAUCGGAGACGCCCACGCACAGCGGAUACCUGGGAAGCGGCGGAUACUGCGGGGGGUACCCAGCCCCACAGCCUGCACAGUCGCUGUACCCCUACAGCGUGCAAGGAGGCAGCUACUCCCCCCUGCACUCAUCCAGCCUCUACUCCGGGGGGCUGGGCUGCUCCAGCGGCUCAGCCGGAUACGGCGCAGCGCCGCAGCAGGAGGCGUUGGGCUACGCGGGCUUCGCUCCGCAGACCCAGUACCAGAGCUACUACCCCAGCGUGGGCUACAACCCGGCCUACGCAAGUGCAGGGACGUCUUCGUCAUCCUCGGCCUCCGGGAGCACCCCGUACCACGCGCAGGAGCACACGGGCGCCGUGCCCGCCAUGGGGGCUCCGCUGGGCGCGCCGCAGCAGCUGGUGUCUCCGAGGGGUGGCAGCAACGAGGACGAGCGCACGCGUCGGGGAGGGAGCGGCCGCUCGCGAGUUCGCGGGCGCAAACAGAACCCCAGCCCCAUGCCGGACAGCAACCUGGAGCGGGUGUUCAUCUGGGACCUGGAUGAGACCAUUAUCGUCUUUCACUCGCUGCUCACAGGCUCCUUUGCAGCUCGGCACGGGAAGGACCACGCAGCCUCGAUGGCCCUGGGGCUGCGCAUGGAGGAGCUGAUCUUCAACCUGGCAGACACCCAUCUCUUCUUCAACGACCUGGAGGAGUGUGACCAGUCCCACAUAGACGACGUCUCAGCAGACGACAACGGGCAAGACCUAGGGACGUACAACUUUGCGACGGACGGGUUCUGCACGGCGAGCGGCAGCGGCGGGGGGCUCUGCGCGGCCACGGGCGUGCGCGGUGGAAGCGAGUGGAUGAGAAAGCUCGCCUUCCGCUACCGGCACAUUAAGGAGAUUUACAACACCUACAAGAACAACCUGCCAGGUCUGCUUGGGCCGGUGAAGGGUGAGGCGUGGCUGCAGCUGCUGCCCGAAAUCGAGAACCUCACCGAGUCGUGGCUCAUGUUGGCCCACAAGUGCCUGUCGCUCAUCCACUCCAGGAGUAACAGCGAGAACGUUCUGGUGACGACAACGCAGCUCAUCCCGGCGCUGUCCAAGGUGCUGCUCUACGGCUUCGGAGAGGUGUUCCCCAUCAACAACAUCUUCAGUGCCACCAAGAUGGGAAAGGAGAGCUGCUUCGAGCGGAUUGUAUCUCACUAUGGACGGAAGGUGAUUUACGUCGUCAUCGGAGAUGGAGUGGAGGAAGAGCAAGUGGCCAAAAAGCUCCACAUGCCUUUCUGGAAGAUCUCCAGCCACUCGGAUUUGGUGGCCCUGCACCAGGCCCUCGAAAUGGACUAUUUGUAGCGCGCGGACCAGGAUUGAACUGCAAGUGGCAAGGGACCAUUGGCUGCGGCAUGUGGACACUCGUGGAGAGAGACUGAGAAAUCCGCGUCCGGGAAACAUGCGUGCCGGCCGGCACAAAAACCUGACUGUAGUUGAUUUUAUAAAGUGACUGCAGGUACAAUUAAAUCAAGGGGCGUUUCUAACUUUUUAGUUAGGGUAUUUAUUUAAAAGUAACUCAUUUUAGACGCUUUACACAUCUGGAAUGUGGCGAGGGCAUUUAUGUUGUGUUUUGAACUGAAUAAAAUUGAAUGAUAAAAUUUUGCACGGUGGACUGUGAAUAUUCAUAAACUCUUUUACGAAAUCAUGUUCUGUUAAAAAAAAAAUCCCGUAAUCUGACGAUACAUCCUCACUUUUACAUCAGCAUAGCACACACUCUGUCAAUUAAAAUGUUUACAACUUGAAAAGUUAAAUUCUGAGCAAGAUGUUAAGCAAAAGAAUGAGAAAAAGGUUGUUAAUAAUCCACUUUCAUUUGAAUGCAAACUGCAGUACUUGAAAAUAAAUGCAUAAUUAUGUAAUAAAGCUUUUGAACUGUUGCUUAUGAUUUUUUUGUUUUGUUUAAAUCAUGUCACACUGUUCAGGAAUCCAGCACUCGUCAUACAAUAACCUGGGCACCAAUGACAAAACGCAUGUAUACGUCCAACAAGAAUCAUGCAAUUGAUAACGCGCGCAGUAUUUCACGAGACUCACAUCGCCGUGACUCUUGUGGCACGGAGCCCAGCUCAGUGUCGCUAGAAAGUCAGGCGAGAGAUAGAGAGAGGGACACGGGGCCUUUAAGGCGCCAUCUCAGGAAGUGAAGUGUAAGUUGAACACUUCUGAAGCUGCAGCGGGACGAUGAUAGCCACGUUGCAGACUAUUAAGGGCAGCCAUGGAGAAACGACGCCCGGUAGUGACCAUGGUUCUGGUCCUUGGAGCGAGGAGGGGAAGGAGGUUCUGAGUCGCUGCUGCUGUGGAGAGUUCCACCAUGAGCCGCGGUGCAGGGUUGACGGGAGUGGCAUUUGGCUCAGCAACGUUGGGACCCAACGCGACUCGGCCAGCCAGGCUGACGCAACCAAGGCAAGGCAGGUCCGGCUCAGCAGAGCCAAGUGUACCCGGACGACGACACGACACUAGACCACUCGCUCCCCCUUGUAGCCAGUCUCGCCCCCUUCCAGCCACCUCAGGCAGGUCGACAGGUAGACAGCCCUACCCCCUGCCACCUCCGGUCCCAUCCAGCCCCGGGCAAGAGGAAGAGGUUAAGAGCUUGCCACAGAACGCCUCAGCUGGUGACAAAUCUCAGCCAUCGGUGGAGGCCUCGAUUUCCAGUGGUGGUCGUUGUUUAUCGCGCCCCCUCGCAUUCUAUUCCGGUUCGCAUUCAUACAAGCGCCCUUUCCUCGGUGAGGAAGGCGAUGGAAUUGAUGGGAGGGACAGCGGUUUGGAAUGGGGUAGAUACGUCUCUCUAACCUCUCCCCAUUGCU